AGAGAAAAUGUGGAAUCAUAGAAGCUACUUGUUUUGGUUUUUCACCAGGGGAUAUUAUAAAUCAAUAAAGACAGUGUUUUGAUGUUUGUUUCAUCCUCGAGUCAUUAUAAUGAUUAAGAAAUACUCAUAGAGCCGACAUACAGUGUAGACGAAUACUAAAAGUGUAGUUGUUGGUGCCCCCGCUAACGUACUUAGGGAUUAAACAUGCCGGCAAAUCAAAGCGUUGUCGAGAUGACGCCGGGGACAUCUUCAAAGAUGAACAUUGCUCAACAUCUUGGAAACGUGGAACAGAUCCGAUUAGAAAAGCAACUGAAAUAUUUGAACAAACAAGAGGUAAUCUAUGAACGCAAGGCGACAAAGGAAAUAGGGAAACUCACACGAGGUCUUACCGAUUUGAAAUUAGCGAAGAGGGAGUCGACAUUUUCAUCCAUAAGUGAUUCAAAGCAUAUGGAUGUUAAAAAUAAGGUCGUAAAACGUGAUCGAAUUAAACUGACAUCUUGCAAUAAUAUCGGGAACGAGAGUAGGGACCAUUACGGGCGAACGUCGCCAACUUUCAUCACGACUGGUGCUGCCGUAUCUUCGCCACAUUCAUCUAUCAAAACAAAGGAAAACAUCUCAUCCAACAGUAAUCAAAGCAUAAAAACUAUUACAAAUGAUACCCGGGAUCCAUUUCCGACAAGCACAAAAACUUAUAAACGUGUAUCGAGGUCCUUAGAAGAACUAAACAUGCGCCGGUCGCUAACAUUUACAGCGAAAGGUGACAUUGCCAAUGUUGACGUCAGAUUGACACGAUCAAAGUCAAAAGCCACAUUUGUGAAUACAGUUACUCCAGGGCAUGUAUAUCUUACCAGGAGGAAAUGUCUGACACCGCCACCGAUAGGUGGACUUAAGGAAAUACUGUGACAAAACAUAUUUUGGGAGAACACAUCUACAUGUAGAUGCAUCGUGUCAGUGCAAGAUUAGCAAAUAGUAUUGCUAUGUUGAACGCUUGGCAUAUAGGCAUAUAUAGAAACGAUUUAAAGAGAAAUAAGAUCUAUCACACAUUUUUUAUAUAGAUCAUAUACAUCCUUCAUAACAUCACGGCGCAACCUGAUAUCAUCACAAAAUUUAAUAAUGCAACAACA